UCAGCUUGCACUGCACACCGCAUUCAAGUGUGUCGCUGUCGUGGUGAUAUACAGGCCUCGCAGCGAUGUACAGGCCAAGCUGUAAACGUUUUAUGCUGUUACUGACAACAUUAGCAAUCAUCAACGGACUUCUGUGGUCAGUUUUGCAGGGAGGGUUCAGACAGGGUGCUGCGCUGAGUACCCUCAAGCUUCAGACUCGCAGGCGCAUUGGUAAUGACGAGAAACCGAUUGGCUUGGACCUUAAUGGUUUACAAGGAAUUAAAAGGCGGUCCAGCAAACCAGAGACAACUACAAUGUCCAUGCUGUCGGUCGUCGACAGAGCUGUGGCUGAGAAGUAUUUGGGAAAAUAUGAAAGAACACCCAUGUUCUCCUUCAGCGGCGGUCAGGACACAAGCGGCACCAAGCACCAGGCUGUCAGUCCAGAUGGAAUGCAUCUGGCCCUGGCGAUGUGCGGUAAGAGGUUAGAAGAGGUCAAGGUGCUGGUCAAGUCCGUCCUCCUGUUUACUCGUCACGCCACAUUCCACGUGUUCAGUGACACUCCUUCACAAAAGCCUCUGUGUGAACAUGUUCAUAAAAUCCUUACCGAUAGAAUAUAGUAAACACUUUAACUUCCAUAUAUACAAUGUGACACUACCACGAGGUAAUGAUGCGAAAAUAUGGGGAACUCUAUACGGGCCAUGUGCUGCACAGAGAU